AUGGCGCACGACUAUCGCUUCCCACUUGACCACGAGGACAAGAAGCUGAUAAGGUUCGAUAACCCGUACUUUGAUUCCAGAAAAGCCCAAAGCACGUUAUCUAUCCCACCAACCGAUGCGCCUGUAGACUACGUUGAGGUCGCCACCCAGUUCCUCGAAGCCGAAUACACAAACCCCGAUUCGCCCAUUCACCAGGAUCCUAAACUGCUAACCCCGCCAGAGCCUGAUGAUAUACUUCCCAAGCCUCUCAAAACCGCGGUUGAGGUUUUUAAUGCCGCACGUAUAUGGCUCAAGUGCCCCUUAGACCACGCCAUCGUAAUGAGAUACCCUAUCGAACUUGCGCAACGCAACGGCUGCCUGGGCGAUGUUCGGGUAACGCUAUACUACGAGAGUUCCACGAGGACACACGCACCGAGAAUGGUCAUGCUCGUGAAAUGGUUGAGCCCGAACACACUGGGUGGUAUCGUUCAAGAUGAUGUGAUCGAUCGACGUUACGUGGACGAGGCAAAAGCUCUAAACUCCUAG